GCCCGCUGGCUAAGUGUUUGUCAGCCAAGCUGUCCCGGCCCCUUGGUCUCUUCUCCUGAUCCUGACCUUCCCUCCCAUCCGUGCCUGUCUCUGUUCUACGUUUACUCUCCGUUUCUACCCAUCGCUCUAUCUGCAGGGCAGUUCAUGGUUACCGGACCCACCCAGGCGGUCAUCGCCCCGGUUGGGGGGGAAGUCACCCUCGCCUGCCAUCUCACCCCCAAGAUGGAUGCCAGAACCAUGUUUGUGACGUGGCAUCGGAUCGAUACGGGAAUUGUGGUGCAUCGGUACCUCGGGAACCAAGGUCAGGAAGAGGUCGAGGGGCCAGGCUACGAGAGAAGGACGCAAUUCCGGAAAGAGGACAUCAUCAAUGGGAACGUCUCUUUGAAGAUCCUCAGGGUCCGUCCCUCCGACGAGGGAACCUAUAAGUGUUCCUUUCAGUCUCUUUCCUCCGUCGACGAAGCUCAGUUCAGCAUACGAGUGGCAGGCACAGGUUCGGCCCCUUACAUCCACAUCAAAGAGGAUGAGACUCAGGGAAUCCAGCUGGUUUGCAGCUCCUCAGGGUGGUACCCGGAGCCCCGGGUAUUAUGGAGGGACCCUGGCGGGCACAGCUUGCCACCUGCCUCGAAGAAGACAAGUCAGGAAGGAGACGGCCUGUUCGCUGUGGAGACCUCCAUUGUGCUCACGGCCAAUUCGAAGGAGUACGUGGCCUGCUUCAUUCAGCACCUCCUCUUCGACCUGAAGAUGGAAACGAGGAUUUCUGUGGCAGACGCCCUCUUCCCCAGGGCCAAUCCCUGGAAGGUUGCUGUGCUGGUGAUUGGAGGCCUUUUGGCCAUCACCCUCCCGUUGGCCAUCUAUGUUAUCAGGACACGCCGCAGAUAAAAAAGACGAAGUGACGCUGGAUCCCAGCUCCGCUGAUCCCAGCUCCGCUCAUCUCUUCCUCCAAAUGUCUGCCGAUGAAAACCGUACGCUUCCUCAAAGGAAAACUCUCCCUUCUGGACCACGAAGAUGGGUUUGACACUUUGGUCACCAUCCUGGACCAGGAGCGGUUCGCUGGAGGCUGUCACGACUGGGAGGUGGGGGUGGAAGACCAAAUGGAUCUUGGGGUUGUGCAAGGAUCCCCAGGAAGGGACAGUACGUUUCUGCUCGGGCUGAGAACGGCUUCUGGGCGCUGUGUCUGUAAAGCACUGGUGAAUACUGGACCCUCACCUAUCCUCAUUCUCUGCAUCAUUGAGCCCUCCCAGUGCAAUGGGGACUUUUCUGGAGAAAGGGUGGGUUUCAUUCUACAGCGUGAUGGAUGGCACCUGGCUCCAUACCUUCCAAGUCUCCUUCAUCGAGCCACUCAGGUCUCAUUUCUUCCCCGGGCCCCUCUUCGAAGGGAGAAAUGUCAGUCCCUUGAUCAUCCUGUCUGUUUCACCGGGAAGGAACAUGGCCCAGUUAGAGCCUCAGAACAGGCCAGAGAGCACCUCUCUCAUUGGUGUGGCAGUUAACCCUCAGAGGGGCCGAAAACCAUCUGACAGACCAGUGGGACAAUAGAAGGAGGCUAAGCGAUGUCCUGUGGGGCUGCCCCAUGUCAGCCCCAGAGCUGGGUCUGGGCAGUGGCCCUGGCCUCUGAUGGACAUGUCCUAGGAAGAACACCUCGUCUGCUGCCCCUUUCCGAGCGGGACUGUUGACCAUUCCACUGAGCUUUUUUUAAAUUUUGAAAUUAAGCUAUUAAAACUGUAGU